CGGCGCAGUCGGCGCUUCCCUGCUCAAAUUGUUUCCCUGAGAUGUACGGCAGGCCCACUGCGCGAGUCGCGCUACCGCCCACUGGCAACGACACGAACACUGUAGAUCGAAUUCAUGAAGACACGGACGAGUCUCCAGAAGAAGAGGGUCAGGAAGACAACAGUGAUUUUCUAGAAGAUUAUCCAGAUGACACUGAGGAACUCGAACUCAUUCAUGCACGUUUGAGUUCUUUGAAUAAUCUCCGAUUAGAGCGAUUUGCUCUUCACCUGAAGAGGCUUUCUCUGCGGCAGAAUGCAAUAUCACAGUUGGACCCCGAAGUCUUUAGUUUAUUCACUAAGCUCGAGGAACUCGACUUAUAUGAUAAUAAAAUCAAGGAAGUUGGAGAUGCUCUGAAUAAGCUAUCCGACCUCACAACUCUUGAUCUUUCUUUCAAUCUUCUCCGAAGCGUCCCAGACACUCUUUCUUACCUUCGUUCUCUCCAAACCGUUUAUUUUGUUCAAAAUCGAAUAUCCAAGAUAACUGGUCUGCAGUCGAUAGGGGCCACGCUGAGAAGCCUUGAAUUAGGCGGAAACAAAAUAAGGACAAUUGAGAAUCUCGAUACACUAGUUAACCUUGAAGAAUUAUGGCUUGGGAAGAACAAGCUAGUGAAGCUUGAGAACCUCGGAAAUCUCAAGCGUCUCAAAAUUUUAUCAUUACAAUCCAAUCGUAUCACAAAGAUAGAGGGACUCGAAGGACUCGAAGACCUUGAAGAAUUAUACUUAAGCCACAAUGGAGUAGAAAAGCUAGAAGGCCUGGAACAUAAUAAAAAAAUCAAAACCUUAGAUUUGGGGAACAAUUUCGUUCCAAAAAUCGAGAAUAUAUCUCACCUGAGUGUCCUCGAGGAGUUAUGGCUGAACGGCAACAAGAUACCUAACCUUCAAGGUCUAGAGCAGCAGCUCAAAUCUAUUUCCACUCUCGAAACGAUAUACCUAGAAGCAAACCCUUGCCAAGAAGCUGAAGGUGCGAACUAUAGGCGCAAGAUAAUGCUCGCUUUACCCCAGUUGACACAAAUUGAUGCAACGUUUGCGAAAAUCAAGUAGAUGUGUCCAUGUAACGAUCGUUCCGUUGUCGCCACUACAUCAUACGAUUCUCGUCGCUCAUAUUGUUAUUACGCACUCAUUCACAUCUUCCUCGGAAACGAAUCUAUCAAUUAGGCUUUAUCUGUUACAUUGGACCUGACACACCUUAGUCAACUUGCCUUCAGAUCGAUGGAGAGUGUAAAAUUUAUGUACAAUCAUAUGUAGACAGCUCUGUUCAUUGUAUGACUGUCACCGCACAGUGUAUGAUAUCUAUCUUGUCUCUGCAUGAUAAGGACUAUUAGUUAGUCAGAGGAGUCGAAACUUGAUCAGAACUACAUUUUUUCCCUUCAA